AUGUCAUAUAAUACAAUGAAUUUAGAUACAGAGAUAAUUGAGGCUACUGAAGGUAUGCACUCACAGCUACAAUCCUCUAUAAUAGAAAAUAUAAAUUCUUUAAAUCAUGAUUCCCACAUAGCUCAUACAGAUAAUACUGAUGCCAAUAUCCAUCAUCAUCAUGGCACUGCUGAUAUUGACGACGAAGCGGAGAUAGAUGACUUAACAGACUCUAGUUCUAUUAUUACGGAUACAGAAGCAGAAAAUGAAGCUUUGAAGGAGGCUCGAAGACAAUGGGAAGAGUCUCUUGUUCAAUUAAACCAAGUGAUAAAUUGGGUAAUACUCCCACUUCUUGGUAAAUUUCUAGGUAGAAAAGUGGCUAGAUGGACAUGGAAGUGGGUAGCUGGCAGACUAUACCAGUAA